AUGCGUGCAGCCGCAGAGCAGGGGCCGGCGCUACAUGUGCAAGACUAUCAGUCCCCAAUUCAGCAGUCAAUUCAGCAGUCACAGCUUGUCACACAGCAGCAGCAGCAGCAGCAGCAGCAGCAGCAGCAGCAGCAGCAGCAGCAGCAGCAGCAGCAGCAGCAGCAGCAGCAGCAGCAGCAGCAGCAGCAGCAGCAGCAGCCGCCCCUGCCGCCGCUGCCGUCGCUGCCGGUGGUGGACACGUCACAGUACAGCAGCAGCAGCAACAGCAGCAGCUUUGGAGACCUGCUUGCAGCAUCCCACCACCAGCACCAACUGGCCACAGCUGCCGCAGCGGCGCAGCCCUCAGUGGAGUGCGACAGGAAUGGCCUGGGCAGCCCUUGGGCGGUGGCACCCCAGCCUGAGCCGCUGGUUGUCACACGGCUGCUGCUGGCGGCGGGACAGGCGGCGGCGUUGAACGCAGACCAGCUUAGCCAUGUCGGAACGGUGGCUCUGCGGGCGGCGGCGGUCAAUGCGGCCGGGCAGCACAGCAUCGACAUCACAGGAGGCAGGCGCCAGGUGGACGCAGCCAUCAAGAUGAUCUCGCUGCUGGUCAAUGCGGCUGCUGGCUAA